AUGACCACAUUAAGACAUGAGACUGGGAAAGGUUUGGCUAUAAGCAGAAGGAAAAAUCAGUUUCCCAACCGAUGUGGAGGAGAAGGAGAUGUUCCAAGGGCUGGUGCUGGAGCAGAAUCUGACUUGCUUGAGGACUGUUACUUGCCAAACCGCACUUUCAGUGCAAAUUGUAAGACUGAGAGCCACGAGGUUCAGAGCAGCAGAGCGCUCAGAGCUGCUGCUGGGCUGCAAGGCUGGGAGGCUUCUCAUGGGAAGUCUCUGCAGGACGACAUCGAAACUGCUCCCUUUACAGUCCUGUCAUCGCUAAUUAGACCACAGCUAGCCAAAGAGAAGAUUGAAGGAUGCCAUAUUUGUACAUCUGUCACACCUGGUGAACCUCAAGUGUUCUUGGGAAAAGACAAGGCCUUCACUUUUGAUUAUGUCUUUAACAUCGACUCGCAGCAAGAAGAGAUUUAUAUACAGUGUAUAGAAAAACUGAUUGAAGGUUGCUUUGAAGGCUAUAAUGCCACUGUCUUUGCUUAUGGCCAAACAGGGGCUGGCAAAACAUACACCAUGGGCACUGGAUUUGAUGUCAACAUAACAGAAGAGGAACAAGGCAUUAUAUCGCGUGCUGUUAAGCAUCUUUUCAGAUGUAUUGAAGAAAAAAAACAAGCUGCUAUUAAACAAGGACUUCCACCUCCAGAUUUUAAAGUGAAUGCACAGUUCUUAGAGCUUUACAAUGAAGAAAUUCUUGAUCUGUUUGAUACCACACGUGACAUUGAUGCAAAGAAUAAAAAAUCAAAUAUUAAAAUCCAUGAAGAUAAAAAAAUUUAUACAGUGGGUGUUACAACCCGAACUGUGAAUGGAGAAUCUGAGAUGAUGCAGUGCUUGAAGCUGGGCGCUUUGUCUCGAACCACUGCCAGCACUCAGAUGAAUGUUCAGAGCUCACGGUCACACGCUAUCUUUACUAUACACUUAUGUCAAACCAGAGUCUGUCCUGCAUUUAACACUGAUAAUGCCACUGAUAACAGGAUAAUAUCUGAAUCGUCUGAGAUUAAUGAAUUUGAAACUCUUACUGCCAAGUUCCAUUUUGUUGAUCUAGCGGGAUCUGAAAGGUUAAAGCGAACAGGAGCUACAGGAGAAAGGGCAAAAGAAGGCAUUUCCAUCAACUGUGGACUACUGGCACUUGGCAAUGUUAUAAGUGCACUGGGAGAUAAAAGUAAGAAGGCAACUCAUGUACCAUACAGAGAUUCGAAGCUUACAAGGCUACUUCAAGACUCUCUUGGGGGAAACAGUCAAACACUCAUGAUAGCGUGUGUGAGCCCUUCAGAUCGAGACUUCAUGGAAACCUUGAACACAUUAAAAUAUGCCAAUCGGGCGCGGAACAUCAAGAACAAGGUGAUGGUUAAUCAGGAUAGGGCUAGUCAACAAAUAAAUGCUUUGCGCAGUGAGAUUACACGGCUACAGAUGGAACUCAUGGAAUACAAAACAGGUAAAAGGAUUAUAGAUGAAGAAGGUGUUGAAAGCAUCAAUGACAUGUUUCAUGAAAAUGUGAUGCUGCAAACAGAAAACAACAACCUGCGUGUUAGAAUUAAAGCAAUGCAAGAGACUAUUGAUGCACUGAGAGCCAGAAUAACGCAACUUAUGAGUGAUCAAGCCAACCAAGUGCUAGCCAGAGCAGGAGAAGGAAAUGAAGAAAUUAGCAACAUGAUUCAUAAUUAUAUCAAGGAAAUUGAAGAUCUCAGAGCAAAAUUAUUAGAAAGUGAAGCGGUGAAUGAAAAUCUUCGACGCAACUUGUCAAGAGCUUCAACAAGAUCCACCUACUUUGGUGGACCAUCAGCAUUUUCUGCUUCUAUGCUUUCUUCAGAGAAAGAGACAAUGGAAAUUCUAGAUAUAGCCAAGAAAGAUCUAGAAAAGCUGAAAAGAAAAGAAAGGAAAAAGAAAAAGAGGCUACAGAAACUUGAGGAAAGCAGUCAAGAAGAAAGAAGUGUUAAAGAGGAUAAUACAGAUAACGAGCAGGAGAAGAGAGAUGAAAAAGGCACUUCGGAGAGGGAGAAUAAUGAAUUGGAAGCAGAGGAAAUUCAUGAAGUAAUUCAGGAAGUAAGUGAUCAUGAGGAUGAAGAAGAGGAAGAUGAUGAGGAUGAAGAUGACAUGGAAGUUGUUGAAAGCUCAGAUGAAUCAGAUUCUGACUCUGAUGAAAAAGAAAAUUAUCAAGCUGACUUGGCAAAUAUCACCUGUGAAAUAGCCAUUAAGCAGAAACUGAUAGAUGAGCUAGAGAACAGCCAGCGAAGGCUGCAAACGCUGAAAAAACAAUAUGAAGAAAAACUAAUGAUGCUACAACAUAAAAUUCGAGACACUCAGCUUGAAAGAGAUCAGGUUCUUCAAAACUUGGGUUCUGUAGAGACCUAUUCAGAAGAAAAGGCAAAAAAAAUCAAGUCAGAAUAUGAAAAGAAACUCCAAGCCAUGAAUAAAGAACUGCAGAGACUUCAAACAGCGCAAAAGGAACACGCACGAUUGCUUAAAAAUCAGUCUCAAUAUGAAAAGCAACUGAAGAAACUGCAACAGGAGGUGACAGAAAUGAAGAAAACCAAGGUUCGCUUGAUGAAACAAAUGAAAGAAGAGCAGGAGAAAGCUAGAAUGACUGAAUCUAGAAGAAAUAGAGAGAUUGCACAGCUUAAAAAGGAGCAACGCAAACGAGAGCAUCAACUCAAGCUUCUGGAAGCUCAGAAAAGAAAUCAAGAAGUUAUCUUACGUCGCAAAACUGAAGAGGUUACAGCCCUUCGUCGGCAAGUAAGGCCUCUAUCUGAUAAAGUGGCAGGAAAAGUAAGUCGAAAGCUGAGUCUGCCUGAGCAUUCUCUGCAGGAAGCAAGUUCUAGCUCAUCAGUUGAGCAUGAUGGUUCAAGAACAGCAGCGCAGCAGAAAAUGAGAAUUCCUGUUGCAAGGGUUCAAGCAUUAUCUGUAACUGCAACAAAUGGAACAGGAAAGAAAUAUCAGCGGAAAGCAAUGACAAGCAGAGUUUAUUCCUCAAAGGCGGCCAGGAUGAAGUGGCAGUUACUUGAACGCAGAGUGACUGAUAUCAUUAUGCAGAGGAUGACCAUUUCCAAUAUGGAGGCAGAUAUGAACAGGUUACUUACGCAACGUGAAGAACUUACAAAAAGAAGAGAAAAGCUUUCCAAAAAAAGGGAGAAGCUCAUCAAGGAUGGAGGUAGCAGUGAAGCAGAUAGAAAUGUCCAAAACAUAAAUGAAGAGAUGGAAUCACUAACUGCGAACAUAGACUACAUUAAUGACAGCAUUUCUGACUGCCAAGCAAACAUUAUGCAAAUGGAGGAAGCAAAGGAAGAAGGAGAGACCUUGGAUGUAACAGCAGUGAUUAAUGCUUGCACUUUGACAGAAGCUCGAUAUUUGCUUGAUCACUUCCUCACGAUGGGUAUCAAUAAGGGUCUCCAAGCAGCUCAGAAAGAAGCUCAGAUCAAAGUUCUUGAGGGACGCCUUAAGCAGACAGAAAUUACUAGUGCUACUCAAAACCAACUGCUGUUUCAUAUGCUGAAAGAAAAAGCUGAGUUAAAUCCUGAACUUGACGCUUUGCUGGGUCAUGCUUUGCAAGACCUAGAUAGCAUACCGCUGGAAAAUUUGGAAGAUAGUACUGAUGAGGAUGCCCCACUGCAUAGUCCUGGGACAGAAGGAAGUUCAUUAUCUUCAGAUCUUUUGAAGCUUUGUGGUGAAGUCAAACCCAAAAGCAAGGCCCGCCGGAGGACCACUACCCAGAUGGAAUUGCUAUAUGCAGACAGCAGCGACUUAGUCUCUGACAUUAGUGCUGCAGACUCUACUUUGGCUGGCCCUCUUGCAUCAGUUGCAGAAACCCAAGAAAGUGGGAUGGCUGCUGACACGAAUGAUACUUCUACUAGGGACAGAGAGUUUAUUCCCCCACCAUCUGGCUUACCUUCUAAGAUAGGCAGCAUCUCUAGACAGGCAUCUCUGCCAGAGAAGAAGAUACCUGAGCCUUCACCUUUAGCAAAGAGAAAAGCUUAUGAGAAAACAAUGGAAAAGACAAAGGCGAAAGAACAAAAACUCUCAGAUUCUGGAGCCCCAGAGGCUAGUCUGUCACCUCCUACUUCCCCACCAAGCCGGCCCCGUAAUGAAAUGAAUGUUUUUAGUCGUCUUACUGUUUCUCAGGGAAACACAUCAGUUCAGCAAAGUCACAGAGGGAAGUCUGAUGAAAGUGAUUCCUCUCUGUCGGAGGUACACAGGGGGAUAAUUAACCCAUUCCCUGCUUCAAAAUGCAUCCGAUCAUCCCCACUUCAGUGUAUCUAUACAGCUGAAGGACAUACCAAGGCUGUGCUUUGUGUUGAUGCAACUGAUGAUCUUCUCUUCACUGGAUCUAAAGAUCGUACCUGUAAAGUCUGGAAUCUGGUAACUGGACAAGAGAUUAUGUCUCUAGGGGGUCAUCCAAAUAAUGUUGUUUCUAUAAAAUAUUGCAACUACACUAGCCUGGUCUUCACAGUCUCAACCUCCUAUAUUAAGGUGUGGGACAUCAGAGAUUCUGCUAAGUGUAUUCGGACAUUGACGUCUUCAGGCCAAGCGAUGCCUGGUGAUGUGUGUUCAGGAAGUACUAACAGAACAGUCACUAUCCCAGCUGGAGAGAACCAGAUCAAUCAGAUUGCACUAAAUCCAACUGGCACAUUCCUCUAUGCAGCUGCUGGAAACUCCGUGAGGAUGUGGGACCUGAAAAGAUUUCAGUCUACAGGGAAGCUAACUGGUCACCAAGGUCCUGUUAUGUGCCUUACUGUAGAUCGAAUUUCCAAUGGACAAGAUCUUAUUGUCACUGGUUCAAAGGAUCAUUAUAUAAAG